AUGGCUUCCUUGCCUGAUCCCACGGUGUACUACCCCACGUCCUCUAACGCCAUCCUGCGCGCGCAGCCGUCCACCGCCGCGGCGUCCAAGGGCUCGUUCGGCCCGGUCUUCGCCGUGCUCGCGGUGAUCUCCUUCCUCGCCGUGGCCGCCUGUGUCGUCGGCAGGCUGUGCGGCCGCCGCCUCUCCAGGAAGAGGGCGGCCGACCAGGACUUCUACGCCUCCGACGCCGUUGGGGGCGACCUGGAGAAGGGCUUCGAGAUCAAGUACCCGACGAUGAAGCCCAUGGCGAGCUCUCGCGCCAUGAUCCACGACGUCGACGACGGCUUCGAGAUCAAGUUCGCGCCGGGGAGGCCUGCGGCGUGGAAGAACGACAGCAAGGCCGACAACAAGGGGCGUCAGCAUCAGGGCCAGGGCCAGGGCCAGGGCCAGGGCCAGCAUCUGCAUCAGCAGCCCCAGCUCGUUGGCAUUCCCAAAGGCUACGCCGUGCCGAAGGAGUAUGCGGGCUUCAGAUACCCUGCUGAAGCCGUGGUCAGGCAGGGGCAAAUAAGGGGCGGGGCAUUCAUUCCAGCAAAGCCUGGCACAUGA